AUGGCGUCUGCAUCCUUUAGGGAAUCCAUGAACUCUUUAGGGUGGUCGCGCCGUGAACCAGACCGAGAAUUUACAGCGAAUACGUCACAACGGUCCGGACUACUAUCAUCGAUAAAGUCGUUGAACCCCUUUGGAGAUCGCGGAUAUGUACAACUACCUACUACAGAAGGCGCUGGCGCCCCAUUGCCGGCUAGCAACCGUCGCGAAGAGGAGGAAGGAUGGUUCGUCCUGAGCCGGUGGGACCGCUUGUUAAUAUUCGGUGCCUGUAACCUGGCUGCUUUCAUCUGCUUUCUGCUCUGCUUCGUUCUGUGGCCGGUCUUCGUGACCAAGCCUAGCAAAUUCGUCAUUUUAUGGACCUUUGGCUCCAUAUUAUUUCUCUGUUCCUUCGCAGCCAUGAUGGGCCCUAUGGCGUACCUUCAACAUCUAGCAUCAGGAACGCGCUUGCCCUUCACGGCAGCCUACUUCGGAUCCAUUGCACUGACUAUCUACUUCUCCAUGGGUCUCCACAAUGGUCUUCUUACUCUAAUAGCUGCGGUCAUCCAGAUUGUAUGCCUUCUCUGGUACCUUGUCAGUUACUUUCCGAUGGGCUCAAGUGGUCUUCGACUAGCUACCAGCUUUGGGGCGCGGAGGGCGGCUACAUGGAUGACUGGCUAG